AUGGGUGUGCGCCAGGUUCUUGAGCGCACAAGCAAGACUAAUCACACCCUGAUUCCAUGUCAGGGCCAGCUUGCAGGAAUGCAAUCAUCACCACCAAGAGCACCGCCGCUGCCAUCGUGGACGGCUACCCGCGGCCGCGGAGCUAAACGAUCUGCAACUCAGCAAAUACUAGGCUCAAACCAUGGGAUGGCACCUGCUAUGUAUACAACCCAGGGUAACAGUGCGUCCACCUCCCCAACAGCUGCCUUUGCGUCCCCAACAGCUGCACAGGGAUCCCCUAUUGCAAACGAGCGUGGCCCUGAUGUUGAAGGGACUUGCAUGGGGGAGCCGAACCCUGGAGCAACAACUCAUGAGGCAAGCCAGCAGGAGGAACAUCUUGAAGGGGAGGGAGAAGAUUUACCGGCUGCGCCUGCGGGUGGUAACCAACAAGGCGCCAGGGGCACUUCAUUUGCUGCUCGUAUCAUGGAACAGGUGGAAGGUGGGAAUUAUGAUGCUGAAGCUGAUGAUUUCGCUGAAGAAGGUCGGACCGCAAAGACCUUGAAUGAUGACGUCCGUUUGCAGAUGGAGAAGGAGAGGGAGAACGCAAAAGCAGCUCGAGAGGCGUGUGCCAGUAAGGAAGCUGAUUUGAAGGAGGCCCUGGCCAUGGCAACUACCCUCUCAGUGCAUGUCGUGGACGAGCAGGUUCGCCACGUCAACGUUGAGAGGCUCAUCAAAGACUCGGUCAAUGAUAUGCUCUUUGAUGAAGAGCACAUGAACCUCAAUCCGACGCGCGCAUAUGUGACAGAGCGCCUUCUAGCAAACUCUGGCAUCCCUUUUGGCACAACAGCAUCCGGAAAGCUGAAAGCCACGCUCAAAGAUCUGAAAAUUCCACAGACGGCCGAGCGCCGUUUCAACAACAGGAUCGGGAAGAUCUAUUCGGCGUGUCGGUACUCCCUGCGAAGGACACCUUUACGCCUGCUGGUCCCCAAAAGGGGGAAUGACGGAAAGGUCUCAUUUCAACCGGGAAAGGAUUUCGCGGUUCGUUGCGAGGAUUACGUUUCCAAAAACUCAGACAAGGAACUUGGGAUUUACUGGCAUGUUGCUGAGGGCGAAGCGUUCUCAAGCCCGGCAUUUCUGGAGUGUGCUCGAUUGUUUGUCCCACAGAGCUACGACCCGCUGCUGCCCAUCGGCCUCUAUCCAGUCCAGCUUAUGCUCAUCCUUGCAGUG